CGAUCGGAAGUUGUCAUUUGUGAAAUAGCGCGGGAGAAAAACACAUGUGUUGAGAAGAUUGUAAACAUUAGAAAACAUCAUCUGUCAUCAAGGGUUUCAUUGUUAAGGUGUUCCUAUUACAAUGCCUCGAACAGAACGAGGAGUUAAGAGAAAGAGGGACACUAAUGACAAAACUGCUAAAACCAGCAACACAUCCCAAACCAACACUGAGCAGAAAGCAACAUCAUGCUAUUCACACUGGCUUAUGAAGUCCGAACCUGACAGUCGUUUUGAAAAAGGAGUUGAUGUGAAGUUUGGCAUAGAAGACUUGAAAGCUUGUGAAAAUCAAACAGCUUGUUGGGAUGGGGUGCGGAAUUACCAGGCAAGGAACUUUAUGCGAGAUGAUAUGAGACUUGGACAGAAGAUGUUUUUCUAUCACAGUAAUACCAAGAUCCCUGGCAUCGCUGGUAUUUGUGAGAUUGUAAAGGAGAGUUACCCUGACCAUACCCAAUUCGACCCCAAGGACAUUCACUAUGAUUCGAGUGCAAAAAAAGGGUCUCCAAAAUGGUUCAUGGUUGAUGUGAAGUUUGAGAGGAUGCUGAAAAGGUUUAUCCCAUUGAGUGAACUGAAACAAAUGUAUUUAGAACAGAAAGAUUCUGGCGGUCCUUUGUCAAAAAUAGCCCUGUUCACUAAGGCCCGUUUGUCUGUGCAACCCAUUACCACAGAGGAGUGGGAUUUUAUUUUGAAUCUAGAAGAUGAGGAUCCGAAGUCAUGAUCAAGUUUGUGCGACAGUAUUCAUAGACAAUCUGCCCUUAUAGUGUGCUGGAUACAUUAGCAGCCAUCUGCAAGGAAUUAUAACUACUUUUCGUAAUAAUAUUAACAGUCUGUGAGAAAUUAUAUCUACAUUUGUUGUUAUACAAACUUUGAGAAAAAAAUUACUACAUUUCAUGUUUGUGACAAUCUAUAUCUACAUUUGUUGUAAUAUUUACCAACUGUGGGAAAUUAUAACCCCAUUUGUAAACAACACCAACUGUCUCUAAUUUAUCAACGUCACUGUAUUUAUUGUUGAGAGUGUCUUAGCUAUAUUUCAUCUCUUAUUGGUCUGUCUGUUAGUCCUUUUCCGUGAUAACUGAAGUUUUCAUUACCCCAGUGCUCUCUGAGUUAUGUUGAAGGAUAUCAUUGAAGCAAGACCCCUAUCAUUUUUGUGAGGUUUCAAGUUAAGGUUAAGGUCACUGUUACUAAAAUUAGAAAAGAAUAUUUGUAGAAUGUCUUAUUUAUCCAGGUGAUAUAUCUUUCUGAUGACGCUGUAGUUUCCAGUCUUCACAUGUGUUUUGGUCAUUGUUGAAGAAAGUUCCCGUUUUUUGGAGUAAACAAAGUUAAGCUCACUGUUACUAAAAUUAAAACAGAAUGUUUGUAGAAUGUAUUAUUUAUCCAGGUUAUAUCUGAAGUUUUAAAGACCUUAUUAUGCACACUACAUGUGUGUUGAUCAUUGUUGAAGAAAGUUCCGUUCCCUGUUUGUAGGGUGUAUGAAGUCAAGUUCAAGGUCACUGUUACCAAAGAAUAUUGUUUUCUCUUCCAUUUUUAGUUGAACAUUAAUCAAAGGUUAUCCUGAGUGAUGUUUUACAUAAAUUAGAACUUGUCACAACUGUACAUGUAGUGUUCUCAUUGAAAGUCGGUUUGCCAGCAAAAGUAGCCUGCAUUUCAUCAACUUUGAAUCAGCUAUUUUUUUCAAAAUACAUAUACAUUGUAGGUCAACAUUAUAGCGUAUUAACACUCAACCCACUAUUCAGUCAACCCCCUAUUUCAAAACUUAGUGAGAACAUUAGAGUAUUUAAUUUGUAAUAAAAACACUUUCUUUCAGACAUUGUAGAUUGCAAAUAUACAAUUCAAUAAAAAUACAAGUGUACUAUAUGAGAUCAUAACGCAGUGGGUGGGUGUAUACCUCAAGCUCUGCAGAGUAAGGUAAUAGAUGAAGACGCAAAUGGUGUUACCUGUAAACCUUUAAAUGUAAGUUGUGAAUGUAUUUUAUGCAAAUUUUCAACUCAAAAUUGGUUUAGAUUUAGUUUGAAAGAUUGUUGCUUUAUGUAGUGUAGAAUGUUAACAAUAAAUUCUACCUACAUUGUAGAACAUAAAUAUCUGUAUCAAUUAUAAGUCACAUCCUUGCUUUAUGGAUAAUGAGUUGCUGUAAGUGUACACUCUACUGCCAAUAUAAGGUUCCUUUAGUUAUUACAGAGUAACUGCAUGUACUGGAGAGGCAAUUCCUUUAUUUUAGUGGACCUUGACUCAAGAGUGGUUUGUGUAUAUGAUGUUUUUGUGUACAUUAUAUUUGUAUGUAUAGUAAUUAUUGUGUAAAUAAAAUCAAAGUUCCA